CGGAAGUACCUCAACAUCAACAGAUAAACCGAGGAGCCAAAGAAAUUGAAACCGAUUCACGGUAGCAUCUCCGAAGGUUUUUGUUCCAAGUAACGUCGUGAGAAACCAGGAAGUAGCAGGUGACAAUCACAGAAGAUACGUUGCUGGAUUUCAUUCAAGGCAACAACUACUGUAGGAAGUAUCUUCGUCAGCUCAACAAAAAAGUUCGGUAGACACACUGAGAAAAUUACAGAAGUAUCAAUUAGAACACAGUACACUUGCCUAACUGAAGCUUGCUUUACUUUUCACAGACUUAUUGAAGUAUUUGAUCACUUUGACUUUUAUGUUUUAUAUCAGAUAUCUUGGCAGAAUUAUUCAUCAGAAAAGAAUUCUAGUAGCAAGAGGUUUCACAGUGUUUCAUAAAUUUCCUUUAUGAUAAUUUUAUGUUUCUUCAAAAUGGCCUUUUAUCCAUAAAAUUUGAGUGUCAUUAGAGAGGAGAAAAUCUAAAAUUUCUAGCUACUUAGGGAGCAGGGAAAAUUUCUUAGAAAAAGAAAUAAAAUAAGCAAAUAUAUCUCAAGGAGACUCUGUAACGAAACAGAUCAACACACGUCUCUUGCGUAAAGUUCCUGUUAUUGCAGUAUUCAUAGUUUAAGAUAAUAGUUCCUUUUGUUUCAGUAUUACUUGUGUUUAAAAGCAUAGUAUGUAUGCUUCGUACUUCUAUACAGUAUUUUGUUGUAACACCGACAUUUACUGACAGGAAUCGAGUGAAUUUUCCAAGAAGUAUACUUUCAGUUUGAUAAUACAUCCUGAGGUACAAACAGAGGAACAGGGAAAAAAGUCGAAACCAUCGUCACGAAAAACAACAUAGGAAGAAUUACACAGAUUGUGCGAACCAGCCUGGCUGUACGCAGAAGGAAAUUACAGAAUAAAGUAGUAGAGAAGAGUGUAAAGAAAUUGCAGACAAGAACUGAACGUUUGGAACCGUUAACAGAUUUAAGGAAUCUGAGUUGAGAUAACUCCAGGUUGGCACAGAUCCAGUUUCCAUAGCUGUUCAGGAAAAUGGGCGGAAUGUACUCAAAGCAUGGACCACAGUGCGACACGUGCGUGACCGCUAGUGCCCUGGCAGACCGCCAGGGGCAGCACCAGUGCUCCGUUGCCACGGCCGGUCAGGAGUACGCAAAGCCGCCGCCAGAGGUCAUCAGUGUGCGUUGUCCGCCAAGUCUCGCCGAUGGCCAGAAGGCGCCACAGCGUGAUGACGAUAUACCGGUGGAUCCUUGCUGCGAGAUCAUCGUUCAUGGUGUGACGUCGGCGUUCCGGCGGCACCCCGGGACGGGCUACCCGUUCGGACACCUGUCGCCGCAGCGCAUGCUGGUGGCGUUCUGCGCAGAGCUGCUGGGCACGGCUCUGCUCCUCUUCAUGGGCUGCAUGGGCGGCGUCGCGGGGCUCGCCGGCCCCACGGACCAGCCGCACCCCCUGCAGGGGCCGCUCGUCUUCGGCAUGACCGUCGCCUCCAUCAUACAGAUGGUGGGCCACAUCUCGGUGGCGCACCUCAACCCCGCGGUGACGCUGUGCGCCGUGCUGAGGGGUGACCUCACCGUGCCCGCCGCCGCCCUCUACGUCAUCGCACAGCUCAGCGGCGCCCUCCUCGGCUUCCGCCUGCUGCUGAGUGUGACGCCGUCCUCAGCGGUGUGUGACUGCACGACGACGCCGGCAGCGGGGCUGUCAACAACGCAGGCACUGCUCGUGGAGACGGGGGCGACGGCGAUGCUGAUACUCCUGUGCCACGGCUCGUGGGACGCGCGCAACUGCCACAACUCUGACUCCACGCCUCUCAAGUUCGGCUCCUACAUCACCGGCAUCUCCAUCGCCGCGGGUCCUUUCACUGGAGCCAGCAUGAACCCCGCAAGGACACUUGCCCCAGCGCUCUGGAAGGGUGUUUGGGAAUGCCACUGGGUGUACUGGGCUGGUCCUUUAGGUGGCUCCGUCCUGGCUACUGUGAUGUACAUGUCGGUGUUCACAGAGAAAACAACUAGAUCAGCAGCCACAGAAGACAACAGCUCUGUAGACAAGUUCAAAGCAGACGUCGACGGGGUGGAGAACAUAGAAAAGUUCCCGUUCAGACAGCUGCCAGAGAACUGUCCUCAGUGUCAUCCAGUGCAUUCCCAGCCAGAGAUAUACAAACAGGCUCUGCCGUGAAGCUGAUGCUACACCACUGAGGCCGGAAUCUGAUUUUAUUUACUGGUGGCAGUCGUAACAAAAUGUGCUGAAGACAUGUAGCUCUGAAAUAGCGGUAUACGUCUGCAGUGUUGCAUUUGAGUGAACUGUUUACAAUAGUUACAUGUGCAGUGUUGAAUAUGUCGCAUAGACAUAGAAAAUAAUUCUAAAGAUCGAACCUGGAAUUGUUUUAGCAGCAGUCAUAACUGAAAACUAUCACCUCAGCUAACCGAUUGAGUGUCUCAAAGACCAGGUACGUGAAAACGCUUGACAGUUGUCUACAACGUUUGCUUCAGUGUGCAGCUUUAUGGGACCAAUGCAAUCAGUUUAUUGAGAAGGAGAAAGAACAGCAAGUGACACUUCUCUGUAGAAAAGUGGACAUUGUGUACAAUGAGAUCCCAAUCGUUACUAUCGUUGGAAUGUGAACGAAAUUCGAUUUCCACUGCCAAACUAUGAUUUUAAAGACUGAAAAGGGUGGAGACACAGACUAGUUUAGAAAUGAAAAGUUAAUUGUCACAUGCUUUUUCUUU